AUGGGAGGGCGGGCCCUGGUGUCCCGCCACCCGCAGUGUGCAGACCAGUCAGGCUGCAGGGCUCUGGGCCAAGCCACACCCCCACUGGCCAGCCAGGCUCUGGCUGCCUGGUGCCCCGAUACAGCCCCCCUCAAGGGGGUCACGGAGGGAGCCCACGUGGAGAGCACGGCCCGGAUUCCCGGUUUGGUUGGGCAGGUGCUGGGGACGCUGUCUGCUGCCACCUUGGAAGGGGCCCUGGCCGCCCCCACGCGGAGCCCAGGAUCCGGGGCCUGGCCACUCAGCAGAACGCACCUUCGGGGCCCCGAGCCCAGGCCUCCGUCUCGGCGCAUCUUCCUGGCCCUCCUGACCGGGCAAAUCCCCCCGGGCCACCCCAGGGACCCCACGCAGGAGGUUCCCCCUCCCGGGGCCGUCCAGAGGCUCCUGAGCUCUCGGCCCAGAACUUCUCACGCCGCCCGGAGCUGGAAAAGAGACCUCCCCCGGGGUCUCGUGACCAGAAGUGAGCCCCACGUCCAUCUGUCGCCCCUCGAAGGAGAUCCUGGGCUGCCGUGGACGCUGACGGCCGACCGCGGUGACUGCCACCGCGUCUGUCCGCAAGCACCGCUCGGCACCACCUCCCGCCAGGCUUUGCAGGAACCGGGGCCCAGGAAGCAGACAGACCUGGUCUCUGUCUGGAGGGGCCCACAGGCAGGUUCUGGAAAGGUCUCCCCUGAUGAGAAGAAGCUCGGGGUGGGGGUGGGAGGUGAGGAGGGUGUGAUAACAUCCGGGAGAGAGACGAGGCCCAGGCCCGGCCCCGAGGCGGGGGCCUGGGUGGUGAGCCACGGGGAGGUGCAGAAGCGGGACGGAGACACCCGAGUGCCCCUCAGGAAGGGGAACUCUCUUGGGGCCCCCCUUACUCACCACCUCCCGUCGCCUGGAGCCCAGGAAACAGCAGCAGCAUCGCUGCGCGGCGCCACCGAGGGGAUCAGUGCCUGCGGGACCCGGCGGUUCACACGCUCGCGGACCACGUCCUACAGGACGAGCCGUGCCAUCCGCGAGGUCAGCGCCCCCGGCACCCCGAGCCCCCCGUGCCUGCACCCAGGUCCCCGCCAGGGGCACGGAGUGGCAGCGAGCCCUAGGCCGGCGAGGAAUUAAGGAUUUCAAGGGGCUCCUGGAUGUUGCAGCCGGUGAAGGUCCGACUACUGGUUUCGGCUCAGGUCCUGAUCUUGGGGUCCUGAGGUCGAGCCCCAAAUCUGGCUCCGAGCUUGAUGCAGGCCUGCAUGAGAUUUGUUCCCUCGCCCUCUGCCUCUGCCUCUGCCUCUGCCCCUCCCACCCGCUCGCACACACCGCCU